CUGCAGUAUUGAUCACAGCUGUGAGGAGGGAGGUGGAGCUGUGUCGUGACGCCGCCUCUUGGAGACACAACACCUCGCUCCCUCGUGCAGGUGUCCCUAUUCCUUACACACACUUACCUGUUUCACCUAAUUAGCGAGGGGAAGCCCUCCAGCAGGCUAUUCACUAUAGCAUAAGGUGGUGUAGCCCCAGCCGAACCCAUAAUCCCUCCUGACAGAGGCAGCAUCCGCUCAGUGCAAGACGAACAGCAGGUGUGUGAAGAUGGAUGUGCAGAAACUGUUGUUUUGAGGGUGUGGGAGUGUCAGGGGAGGGUAGGAAGCAAUCGCAAGGAAGUGUGUGUGCAUGAGAAGACCAAGGCACCGACAACAUCACUAGACCCGAGAAGCGUCGUUCUUGUUGCGAUGUAAACAAACCGGCCGCGAGCAUCCAGUACCGGGAACCGUGGGAGCUUAUUAGCAAAGGCUCACUAGCCUCCACUGGAGUAACCGCUCUUCAUUCUUAAGACUCUGUGAUCAGAAAGAGGUGUUUGUUUUCAAACAGGCCAGACGAGCAUCAAACAUCGUCAGUGAGCAGUGUUGACAUGACCAAGACGUUCACUCGUGCCAUGCAAAGUGAGGCCUCCUGUGACUCACGCGUCCUGUCUCUCACUUCUCCCCACAGACUUGCUUCAUCUGACGACAGUCAGCGGCAGGAGAGGGAGCGAGUGAGCGCCACCACGCGACACUGAAGAAGGCGCUGAAGGUGAAGCAACACUGACAAACACACGACCUCCUAGUAUAGAGCGACGAAGACAACGACGAGGAUGCAACGGAGAGUCGUGGCAGUGUAAUGCAGUGAAUGUGUACAGCCUGUCUCUUCAGUGUCACCGGUUAGAGAAUACAGUGAAGGCUAGUCAAUGAUACGGAAAAGAAAGAGAGAGAGAAUACAGUGAUAUACAUGUAAAUUUUCUAGUGAUACGCUUACAGUGAUAUAGACAUAAGUAAAUAUAAGAAAAAAAAAAGUGAUAUAGUGAAUAAUGACACUCUACUAAUGGUGGUAAAGGAGAAGCAGUGAAGAGAGUAGUGCUUGACGGAGGAACUGGGGUCACACUAUGGAACCACACAUACAUGGACACUUGAUAAGAGUUUCCAGUGACCAGUCUGUUACAGUGACGUGAGCGAGGCCAUACAUAAACACAAGGAAGAACAAACAUUAGCAGGUCUAUUGGCUUCUACGCGUGUGCUUGUGGCAAAGUACAUUAUUUCAUCGAAAGGAAGAAACGUAGCACCAUAAAAAAUAUGAGACCUGGUACAAUAUUCGUUACUUGCAGCGAAAAAAAAGAAAAAAACAAAACCUGACUAUGAUGUGAUGUAAAAGAGAGAGAGAGAGAGAGAGAGAGAGAGAGAGAGAGAGAGAGAGAGAGAGAGAGAGAGAGAGAUCCAGCAUGACAGGAAUGAAGUGAGCGAGCGUCAUUACAAAGAGUCAGUACUUUUACUCAACCUAUGCUUCUGUCCUUCCACUCGUCCAAAUAUAAUACUCCACUGAGUUUUCGGCGAUGGUGAUUAAUGGAUGGAUCGAGAAACUGCAGGACUGACGACUUCCAUCCAACACUCCUACGCAGAGAGGAAGAAGUUUGAGAUACGUUAACACGAAAAAAAUAAAUAAAUAAAAGUAGAGAACAUUCCAAAUAGAAGCACAAGUAUUAAGAUUUUCCAAGAGAUGGAUCAGAGACGCAUGAGUGAGGCGUGGCAUAGAAAUUAGUGGGGAAAUAAAGAAAAUAUUAAUAAAAGUAAUAGCAAAAAGACGCGUUUUUGGCGGGAAAGUAUUGAGGUAUAUAAGACAAUAAAGAAAAGAAUAUUCAACAGAGAAAGUAAGUGUAUUUUCCAGUGAAUGCGUGAUGACAAAUUUGUCAAACGUUAGAAAAAAGAAUGACAGAAAAAAAAAACUGAACUAGAACAAAACUCCUGUGAAGAGAACAUUACGGCGCUACAAUGAGGAAUACCUGAUAUUGGAAGUGCAAUCAAUUACUAUAAAUGGAAGCGAGGUAGACGUCGCGAAACAGUGGAAAGCAGACGCCUGACUACGAACAUUGGCCGUCUGUAGUGAAGCAUCAAAAGCAACACACUGAGAGGAUAAAACACACACACACACACACACACACACACACACACACACACACACACACACCGGUGGAGGACGUAAACACGUGUCAGCUACACACUCGCAGCGGAUCCCAGCACCCUAUCGCAAGACCUGACUGACCGGAGAAUGGGGGAGGAGGGCCUGCUGGUGGUGGCGGCGUGACGGCCCUAGACGGCUCUCAGUCAGCCCCAGAAUGCCCUUCCUUUCUUUAAGAGGAUGGCUGCCGGCGGCCAUCCUCUGUUUAGGGCUGGCGACUGAGACAGGAGGCAGUCCCGUGCACGCCCCCACGGCCAGCUGGGCUGGUGGGCAGCAAGCAGGGGAGGAAUUUGCCCUUCCACGCCACUAUCCUGUCGCUCACCCAGAGGAGCGGUACAGCUCCCCACGCCGUCAGUAUCCGCAAUAUGGUGGGUACGCUCACCGUGGUCUGGAAGCGAAGACCGCCCAGCGGCUGGACUAUGAGCUGGAGCAACCCUACCAACACGAGGUAAACCUGUACGAGUAUUCCUACACGGAAAGCACCGCACAUGCCGACUCAGGCACUAAGUAUGGCCGGCCGGUGCCACGGCGACCGGUGGCUGGGGACGGAGCCACACUGUCUCGUCGCUACGGAGGACGUCUGUGGUGGACAGCAGGCAUGCCGUUACCGGUGGUGGGUGCCCGUGGUGAGCCUUAUAUACCACGGGCUCUGAGUCCCGAGGCCCAACAAGGCAGGGGAGGGAGCGAAGGUCGUCGCGGAGCUCCAACACGGCGUUUACUGCACAAUGAGUCCUUGGUGGGCGCGGCGCGAGUUCAAAAGUCGUUGCAGCAAUCGGUGCGUGAGACGCCGCUCUUCGGCCAGUACUUCCCUGACGUGCGGGCGGCGCCCACCACGACAAUCGCUCCCACCCAGGCCAGUGCCAGGCAGCCCAGCGGCCUCGAGUCCUUUCUUCGCUUAAUGACGGAAGAAGACUCUCCUGCAGGAGCUCCGGGGGAGGUAGUGCCAGAUAUCCCCAGGGAUGGGCAGGGUCUCAGCCGCAGCAAUAGAGGGCGUGGAUGGGAGGGGCAGGCUGAUCCCCAUGAAAGACAGCCAGCUCCAACACCCGUCACCGCUACCGCAGUGCUGGGCUCCAUCAUGCUGCUCAUCAUCCUCGUGGUGGUAAUGGUGGCUCUCCGUGUACAGUGGCGGGAAAGGGUGAAGGGGGAGGAGGAGUGGCGGGUUGGCUCCCCCACCGUCCAGCCACCGACCCCCGCCCCGUCCAACACCACAGGUCCGUCACCCUCCGCCUCCUCGCAGCACCUCAGCCCCCUGGACCACCUACACCCCGAGCCCAUCAGAAUAAAGGCGAAGGGGCUGCUGGAGAGGCGUGGAUCCAACACCAGCCUCACCCUGGAGCUGGCGGCCCCUGGACCUCCCCCAGAUGUAACCUCUCCUCCUCGCCACUGCACGCCAGAGGAGUUUCUCAUGACGGCGGGCAACAGGAUGAGUAGGCGCCAGCUGCGACAGUGCCUGAAGGAGGGGCGGGCGCUGCAUGCAGAGUUCUGGGAGGUACCACUCAACCAUCCUGACAAGUGUGAUGUGCCGGGUAGCGCCUCCAAGAACAGGUACCGCACUGUGCUUCCUAACGAGAGUACGCGAGUCACCCUGUGCAGCUCAGACCCCACCGGCCAGUACAUCAACGCCAACUACGUCAGGGGCUACGAAGGGCAGGAGCGAGCGUACAUCGUGACUCAAGGGCCCCUGGCGAACACCGUGGUGGACCUGUGGCGGAUGGUGCUGCAGGAACGCUCGCCAGCCAUCGUCAUGAUCACCAGGCUCAAGGAGAAGCAGCGGGUGAAGUGUGAGCCUUACGUGCCCUCCCACACCGGCACCUACGGGGACAUCACAGUCACGGUGCGCCAAGUGAUUGUCAAGAGUGGCUACACCAUCAGGCAGUUGUCCCUUCAGCGUGGAGAGGAGAGGCACGACACCCUUCACUUCUGGUACACUGCCUGGCCCGACCACAAGGCUCCCACCGAGGCUGACCAACUCCUGGCGAUGGCGCUGCAGGUGGACCACGUCAGGAAGCAGCAGGCAGGGACGGGGGUGGUGGUGCACUGCUCGGCUGGCAUAGGGCGCAGCGGCUGUUUUGUGGCCAUCAGCAUCGCUAUCAAUCAGCUGCUGGAGGAGGACGCGGUGGACAUCCUCGGCAUCUUGUGUCAAAUGAGGCUGGACAGGGGCGGCAUGGUACAGACAGGGGAGCAGUAUGAGUUCAUUCAUCGCGCCGUGGCCCAGUACGCCUCCUCUCUUCCAUCGCCGCGUCAGUCCAAGUGCUACAUGGCCCGCCACUCCAUCACCACCACCACCUCCGCCUCCUGCUCCUCCCUCGCCGCCAGCUACGCCCCGCCCACGCCCCCAAGCCCCGAUGACUCCAGGAGGUAGAGUGCAGGCGUGUGUGAAUCGCUGGGAAGACGAGGAGGAGGAGGAGGAGGAGGAGGAGGAGGAGGAGGAGGAGGAGGAGGAGGAGGAGCUACGUAUGUUCCUCACCGUUCAAUCAUGGCAGCUACUUCCUUUUAUCCACUCCAUUUAAUUAUCCUUAAAUCUACACACCACCGCCACAACAACCACAACAACAACAAUAAUAACAACAACAGCACAACAGUAAUGAUAACCACAUACACACACACACACACACACACACACACACACACACACACACACACACACACACACACACACACACACACCAUACUGUCUUUCGUCGUUAUCAAGCAACACGUUUCCCAAUUCAGUGCACUUUUUACCUUCUUAGAACAUUUACACCUGCAUGUUUCCGGUUAUAAUAGUAAUAACAACAACAGCAACAACAGUAACAAAAGCAAAUCAAACACAGAUACCAGCACAGCAUUAUUAGUACGAGUAUCUGCGCCUUUACACCACUCUGGAAAUCGCAAAAAUAGAUCCGUAACCGUGUGAAAGAAUGCAUAAAUCAGCAAAGUAGAAAACGGAGAGCUCAUCUGUUGACUAGUGCGUACAUAAUUUAUAAUCUACCAGUCUACUUCAUAAAGCUGCUUAUCUAGUGAUGCAGCGGAUAUACUCCCAUUUUCACUACAGACGGAAAACCAGUGUCUUCAUCCUUUACUGUUUCCCUCAACGCUGUACGUUUGACCUUCUCUGUUUCCAAUUAUUCCACUCACCAAACGUUUUGGCGCCGUGUGCAUAUUGCCGUUAACAGGUUUUACACAUCCAGUGGAGGUUACUGGGACUUCCCAGGAUGUCUUCAUGAUUCUAGUGAGAAGGAAUCUGGAUCAUCUA